AAAAAAAACUUACAUGGCUUUGUGACUCCACGUUUUUGUCGAAGUUUGUGUGUGGUUAAAAAAACGCGCACGAUCCGACAGAGACUCCAUGUGUCAGAAUCUUGUGGAAGUUCGUGAGACAGUGAUGGGUCACCCAAGAAAGAGAAGAAGAACAGGUCUUCAGGGUUGAGGUUUACUGGUUUUAGCCGGUUAUUCGCUCUUCAGACGCGUCCUGUGUUACAGGUAUAAGACCAUGGGUUUAAACCCUUAUCACAUCCAGUACUUUUGUUUGUUUCCACACAAAGAGGUUUUGAAAAAAAAACAAAAAAAAAAGAGAAAUGCUCUUAUAAUCAUGGUGUUGCAAACGAGACUAGAUUAUGGAUUCAAUGGCUAUGAGGUGCCUCCCACACCUCGAGCUGCAAGAUCCCCAAGAAAGAGUGCUUUCAAGAAGAAAAGCGAAAACAAUCAAAUAUCAUCGUCCUUCGAUUUGUUGGCAGCAGUAGCUGGAAAACUACUGCUUGAAAGUGGUGGGGUUUCUUCUUCCUCAAGUAACAACGCCUCGGGAGAUAAUAAUGAAGAUCGGUGUGGGGGUAAGAAAGAACCAGACGAUCAAAUGGUUGUGGAAGAGACUCAUUGUGAUCAUCAUCAUGAUAAUAAUGCUGAAAGGAGUUUCUUUGUCUCUGAGAUCCUUCCAAAAGCUCGUGAAAUGGAAAGCUUCAAUAGAUCUCCAAACCCUAAUAAAGAUUUCCUAUUUGGAUCUACCUCUGGUAUCACUUAUGAAUAUUCCUCGGAGAAGCUUGGAACUCAAGAAUUAGCGUAUGAGGAAGCCAAGAUCCACAAUGGUGAUUGUUUUAGGUCAGAUACUAAUGACAAGAAACCAAUGCUUGAGAGGCUAAACUGUGAACCAGAGUUAUCAAAGAACAAGGAUAAGCAUCAUAUAGAUUUACUCAAUGGUAUGGAAAAUAAUGAUGGAAGAGUUAAGAAAGUUCUGUCUUCAAAGUAUUGUAAAGUCUCUUCAAAUCAGAAAGAUACAAUGGUAGCUGGCUCAGACUUGGACUUGAAGCCUGGUUAUUACAGCAAGAAACAUUGUCUCAAAAGCUUAAGAUCGGAGAAGAAGUAUCCAAUCAAGAAAAGAAGAUACUUUGAUGGUUAUACAGCCUCACAGUCAGAAGAAACAGUUAGAAAUGAAGGCCUUUCUGGUUCACCUCGAAAGGCUUUUCUGUCAACCAUAGCUUGUCAGAAGCAGCCAGCUUUACAAUCAAGAGAUUCUCAUGUGAAACUUGGAAUCAAGUCAUUUAGGGUUCCUGAACUUUCCAUUGAAGUUCCAGAGACUGCUACUAUUGGUUCCCUUAAGAGGACAGUCUUGGAAGCUGUAACCACUAUACUUGAAGGUGGAUUAUGCAUAGGUGUUCUUGUUCAUGGGAAAAAGGUUAGAGACGACAAUAAAAUGCUUCUUCAGACAGGAAUCUCUCUAGACACUCUUUCAGAUACUUUAAGCUUUUGUCUUGAGACCAAUCCUCCACAAUCCACAAAACCACUUUCUCCUAAAGAUUCUGAUUAUAUGCGUCCGUGUAACGUACCUCACACUCUAACUAAGUGUCUCCCAACACUGGGGAAACAUGCUAAACCAAGUGACUCUGUUGAAAGUGACCUUGACUCCAAACCCUCUUCACCAUUUAGGGCUAAACCCGUCUACUCCAGAGCCUUGAUUCCUGUCUCUCCUCCUCUGCAUGCUCAGGCUUUAAACGUAGUCCCACAUCGGAAACCUAAGCGAUCUGAGGUGGCACAGCGUAGAAUACGUCGACCUUUCUCUGUUGCGGAAGUAGAGGCGCUUGUUCAAGCUGUGGAAAGACUUGGGACCGGAAGGUGGCGUGAUGUAAAGCUGAGAGCGUUUGAUAAUGCAAAGCACCGGACUUAUGUUGAUUUGAAGGACAAAUGGAAGACGCUGGUGCACACAGCGAGAAUAUCACCGCAACAAAGGAGAGGUGAGCCAGUUCCACAAGAGCUCUUGGACCGGGUACUAAUGGCUCAUGCCUACUGGUCCCAACAACAGGGAAAACAGCAGUUGCUAGAGGGACCCCAGAAGCUUGAGACCAGUCUUGGUCUUUAGAGGGAAAAAAUGUCAUCUUCACGGCGUGAGAAUGGACAUAUGAACCAGCUUUUUUUUUCUUUUCAUAUAUACUUAAUUAUUUGUUUUGUUAUGUCAUGUAUUUGAAAAGAAUCAUUGUAUAAGAAAAAAAGGAAUGGAAGGUGGGUGGUGAAGAGAAGAUAAUAGAGAUGAAUAUAUAUAUGUGAAGUCUUGUGUAAUUGUCACAGUGCUUGGUAAUAUAAUAACAUGUUUAUUCCCUUUGUUGACUUACAAAUUAUAUAGAUCAUUGAGAUACUUUAUCCAAGGAAUCGUGUCUUGCAUGCUAUUCAAGUUUUUGGAUUUUAUCAACACAUCCGUCGUAUACCAUCAAAAGUUGUCUAAAUUUGCAUGUGGAGAAAGUGGAGUAUGUUGAUGAGAUAAUACAAUAUAAACUUCAUUUGUUACGUUUCAUAGACAUGUGGACCAAGACAGACAUGUAGCUUCGUGAUUUGUACUAGUUUUUUUUUUUGUUUUCCUAGUGUAUGGGUUAAUAAA